UUACAGAAAAAUGCGCAUUGCUGUAUUUGGUGCUACUGGGGGGACUGGCCUGCAGCUAUUAGAGCAGGCCCUGGCGGCCAACCAUCAUGUUACAGCUAUUGUCAGGACCCCAGCUAAAAUCAAGAUGACCCAUGAAAACCUGAAAGUAGUUACUGGCGAUGUAUUCAACACAGAGAGUAUAGAGGGAGCUCUGGCUGACCAGGAUACUGUGUUCUCCUGUCUAGGCUUCAAACCUGAGAAACCUGCAGUUACUGGAUAUAUUAACGCUACUAAGAGCAUUGUUGCUGCCAUGAAGAAGAAUGGAUUGAAACGUCUUGUUCUUUGCCACUCUUGGUAUACGGAUCCAGAAUCCAGAGGUGAGGCUAUCUUCUUGAUUCGCUGGUUUCUUCUUCCAAUGAUUAGGACUGUACUGGAUAACAUGCGGGAAACUGAGCUCUGGUUAGAAACUGAGUGUGCAGACAUUGACUAUACCGUCGUUAGGCCAGGAGGUCUUACUAACGGUCAGCUCACGGACACUGAAAUCAAGCACAUUGAGGGACCCCACGUGAAAGGAUCUUCAAGGAUUACAAGAGCUGAUGUUGCUAGAUUCAUGUUGAACACUGCUAGUACUCAGGAGUUUAUUAAGAAGCAGGUUGCUAUUGGAUACUAACUGUCAGGAUUCAUAGAGCUAUUUUAUACAUCCAGGGUUUCUUGGAUUUUUAACAAGACUCUUAUCUGGAUUUAUUAUUCAAGUCGUUAAUUCAUAAAUAUUUUUAUAUCAUUGGUGACGGGUUUCUUUAAUCAAAAUGUUAUUAUUAUAUAUGAUUAUGAUUACGAGGUAUGUUCAAUAAGUUUUGCGAACUUUUUUAAUUACUUCUAGAUGUCUCAGCUCUGAUUUUUUUUAAGCUCACUGUUCCAUCCCGUUUGUCUACUCCUAAUGGACUUUAUUCAUAAAAAAAAAUUUCUUUGUUAUCCGCUCUUUCCUGGAGGUUGUUCAGAUCCGUUGCCACAGGAAAUGUGUGAGCAGGAAAAAUCCACAAACAGUCUACACAAUUGUAAAUUUUUCAGACCAAAUUCGUAAGACUUCUUAUUUAAUGACUUUUGAUGAGAUUGACAACUGCUAUGGUGCUAAAUAUAAAGAUGUAAUUGUAAACCAAGAUUUGAAAAAUGGCAAAGACAUAAAACUGAUCUUCAUUCGCUGGUCAGAAAAUAGAACCGGUUAUAAACAUGUGAACUUUAAAAAAAUUUAAGUGUUAAGACAUCCAGAAACACCCUUUAACUUAUUGAACAUCCCUCGUAUAAAUGCAUGAUUGUAUUCAAUUAAUCAAAAAUAAAAUAAAAUGUUACAUUUUAUUACUGCUGACAUGUUAUCAAAUGAUAUUUAAUAUAAUUACUGUAGUCUAUAUUUUCAACAAAUAUUUUUUACAUAUUUUUAAUGAAAGAUUAAUGCUCAAAGAAAAUACUCUAUAUACGAUUAUCACCAAAGCAUUUUUAUCCUAAUGAUUUUUAUAGACGCUUCCAAUAUAAAUUUACAUGUUUUUACAAAACUUUAUUCAUGACACCAAAACAACUGUGAUGGAAAAACUGAAACUUCUAUGUGUACCUAUUCACGCACUGCAAAAUGUAUCUGUUAUUGUUUCAUAUUUUUCAACAUUUAUUAAAAACAAAUUUUUAAAAUUUUAUGAUUAUAUUUCAGAAAA